AUGAGCUUUAUCGACGCCGGAGCCGAUCAAGGCAAACGUUUUUGUAAUGUCGAUUUUGAAGACAAUGAAAUCAUCGACGUUACUGAAGAGACGCAGGUUGUGGAAGUUACUGAAACGGUUGGAACCACGAUAAACAAUGCUAAUGCCAUAAACACGAUUACGAGUCCAUUUAGUCAAGCCAGUCCUCUACUGCAAACACUAGCAUUAGACCACUUACAGAAAUCACAUCUGCAAAAAAGUCAGGAAGAAAACAGAAUAAAGGAAAAGAUUCUCUUGAUAAACUUGGGUCAGUCCUCAAAAAUCUGGAGCCGCCAGACAGAUUUGAAACAUUCGGCCAUACAAGAGAUCAGAAUGGCAAGGAAAUAA